AAGAUGAAUGACAUACUUACCACCGUCAUCCGUAUCCCUAUAUAUAUCAUGAUAAUACUUCAUAUCCUGCAUAAAGUCUUAAAUAAUGGCGAACAAAUCAGACGACUACCUCCGUAACAGAUGGAAUGAGGAACUGUCCAACACUCUAUUACCAAACUCCGUGUUUCUGGCUAUUUGUAUUGUCAUUGGAAUCGCCGGCAAUGUCCUUGUGAUAUUCAUCUAUGGUCUCAAGCUUCGAGGUUUAAAGGAGCGCUAUUUCAUACCGAUUCUAGCUCUUGCCGACCUGUUGGCAGUCUGUGAAACGUCGGGAUUCAAUAUUUCCUACAACUUUAACCCAGUGGAGUAUAGUCAUCAGCAACUCUGUAAAUGGAGUUGGUUUUUCGGUUACCUGGCAUCGUGUACAUCAAUAUUUCUUCUGGUGGUGAUUGCGAUACAGCGAUAUCUCAAGAUCUGCAGACCUUUCGGGAGCCAGAUGACAUUGAAGUGGAAAAGAGUAGCUGUUCUAUGUUCGUUACUGCUGGCCACGAUCAUCUCAAUACCUAUUCCUUUAACGUAUGGUUUAGACCCUGCGUACAGUGAACAAUAUAACGUCACCGGAAGUGCAUGUCGGAGACUGACCCAGGAAAAUCGACUUUUAUCCCUUGGGCAUGCCAUUGUAUGUAACAUCAUUGUUUUUGUGUUUGUUUGGCUUCUGGUAGUCCUGUAUACUUUGAUCGGCCGGAGGAUAUAUGCUCAGAUUCAUCAGUGGGACAAACGAAAAAAGUCCAACACAAUGAGCAGAGAAGAAAAUCCAACAAAGGCCAUUGACCCUGAAGCAGCAAAUAAAACAAACAAACAGACUAUGUUUAGAAUUACUUUCAUGUUUAUGUUGAUUACAUUCAUUUUCAUCAUCAGCUUUUCUCCGAAAGUCGUGAUUUUCAUUUUUGAGUGUUUGAAUGAUAAAUUUUGGGAUUCGCUGCCAUACAACACGAGACUUCUGGUCCGAUUCUUUGACGUUCUGUUUAUCAUCAAUAAUAUUGCCAACCCUUUUGUGUACGCCUUUCUAGACGUGAAAUUUUCACAGCAGCUAAAAAGUAUAUUUUGUAGCUUGGACUACUCCCUGUAGUCCCAUAUAUUACAGUGAUAUUGUGUGGUAUAAAAGAAAUUAUACAUGCAUCUGACAUUGAUUCUAAGAAUGUUCAACCACUAGAAAUUUGCAUACUUCGUAUCAUGAAGAACCAGUGUAUUGUACAAAAAAAUAGAAUAUGUUCAGUUUAUUAUUUCGAUGAACUUUGGAAAUAAAACCAUUGCAACGAC